UCUCAAUUCACAUCGGCCGUGGAAUUGGGCUUCCGCUUGUACGCCCAUAUCAACAGUUUCACCGGUUCUUUCUUCCACACCAGGGUCGGCGACAUGGAUCCCGAAAUCGCUCGGCCGGCCAGCAGACCGGGUGGUCAGGCUGAUGAUGUGAUGAAGCCCACGCUCGACCAGAUCGAGCGCCACGACCGCCCCAUCUCGCCCGAGACCAUAAGGGAAAAGGACAGGCAAAACUUCGAAAGAGUCGACGAAGAAGUCGCCAAAUACGCGUCCGAUACGGCCAUCGUGAUUCCGCCCGAGAAGAAUCUCGAGCUCCGCCGCAUGAUUGACCGCCGCGUCUUGGUCAUCAUGAUUGCAACCUACUUCUUGCAGGCCAUUGACAAGGGCACCUUGUCGUUUGCUUCCAUCAUGGGCAUCAGGAAAGAUACCGGCCUCGUCGGCCAAGACUACAGUUGGCUCACGACCUGUAUCUACAUCGCCGUGCUCAUCGUCGAGUACCCCCAGAACUGGAUCAUCACCCGUGUUCCCAUCGCCAAAUACCUGAGCUUCAGCAUCAUCGCUUGGGGCACCGUCCUGGCCUGCACGGCCGCCUGCCACAACUUUGCCGGGCUCGUUGUAGUUCGGACCCUGCUUGGUAUCUUCGAGGCGGCAUGCCAGCCUGCCUUUGUGGUUCUCUCAGCCAUGUGGUAUCGCCGAGAAGAGCAGGCAGCUCGCGUGACGUAUUGGUACAUGAUGAACGGUGCCCAACAAGUGGUUGGCGGUCUGCUCGCCUACUGCUUCAGCCUGAUCGAGAGCGGGCCGCUCAAGUCCUGGCAGUGGCUCUUUCUCAGCUACGGCGUCAUCUCGGUUCUCUAUGGCGUCUUCGUCGGCUGGUACAUGCCUGACUCGCCCAUGCGUGCCAAGUGCUUCAGCGAGGAGGAUAAGCACCUGAUGGUGGAGCGAGUUAGGGACAACCAGACGGGCCUGCAGAGCCGCAAAUUCAGAAAGGAUCACGCCAUCGAGGCCCUGAAAGACCCCCAGGUCUAUGGUUAUGCCCUUAUCGCUUUGACUACUACCCUGCCGACCUCGGGCCUUGGCGCGUUCCAAGGCAUCAUCAUCAGCAGCUUUGGGUUCACAGUUCUGCAGACGCAGCUUCUGGCUAUGGUUUUGGGCUUCUACAUCAUCAUCGUCCUGCUAGGCUCGGUGUGGAUUGUCAAGAAGACCAAGCAGAAUCUGCUCGUCAUGCUGGGCUUCGUCAUCCCGUACGUUACUGCCAAACUCUCUUCAUGCGUGUGCUUGGAUGACCAUUUGACUGACGUGGCUAGGUCCUUCAUCGGAACCAUCAUCUUGAUGAUCGUACCGCCCGACACCAUGGCCCGGAAGAUUGGCCUGCUCAUCUGCUACUACAUUACGCUCUCGUUCUGGUCAGCGCAAACGUUGGCUCUGUCCAUGAUCAGCAGAAAUGUCGCCGGAACAACGAAAAAGAGUGUUGCAGUGGCGACAAACUUCAUCUUCUGGAGCGCAGGAAACGCUAUCGGUCCUCAAGUCUUCCUAGACUGGGAUGGCCCACGGUACUUCAUCGCCUUCGCAACCCAUCUUGGGUGCUACUGCCUGCUGGUCAUAGUCAUUAUAGGGCUGCGGUUUUACCUUACGCAUCAAAACAAGAAGAGGGAUCGGAUGGCGGCGGAGGGUAUCCUCGCAGCCGACCCAAAAAAUAUUAUCCACAGUUUUGAGGAUCUCACGGACCAGCAGAACAAGUCCUUCAGAUAUGUAUACUAGGCCGGAGCACAGGGGCUGUUAGGCUGUAUCCUGACAAUUGAAUUGAGUGAAAGAGCAUCAAACAUUCUUGAUUUGCCCUUGCAUGCGGUGAGAACAUGACUUGACAUGCAACGGGGUACUGCUUGCAAUCGGGGAAGGGCAGUGGAAUGUACUGUUUGGCAUCGGACAGCCCUGGUAGCGUUCACGACUUCAGGUUGAGCCGUCAAUGAGAUGGGGCGGAAUCCCACACUAGCUACAUCGCAACG